AAAGAGUAUGGAAGCGAGCAAAGGAGCUCAGCCAUCCGAGGAGCACAUGGACAUAGAAAAUGUGCCGUCAGCCAUCCAAGACCUCAAAAAGAAGGGAGGUGAAGUAGAAAAACUCAAGCAAGCCCCAGCAGCACCCAGGGCGGAUUGGAGCGCAGUGCGAACUAAACUGGAACAACUGUGUGUCGGAAUUACCCAGUUCGCAUUCAAGGGACAGGGACGUGGAGCUAAGAGACCCAAUGAGCACGUCAAGGAUAUAGCAAGAGUAGUAAGAAGAACGUAUGUACCACCGCAUGCCGAAGGAAGAGUGGUAGUAAGGUGUGAAACCGCCACAACCGACGACGAGGAUAGGGUUUUCUGGUCACAAAAACCAGGAGUUGAACGCGGCCUCAUGGCAAUCUCCGGAAACGAAGCUGUAGUACCGGUAAAGAAUGACAAAGACACGCCAAUGAUACUCAAGGAGAAUGAAGAGGUUGGGCACUGGGGUAGCGAAAGAUGGAGAGAAAAGCUGAACGAUUUGAAUCCAUUGGUAAUCGCCCCAAGUGAGUACCACAUGGAGGCACAGGAGAAGAGAAGGCUACUGCAUGAGCUAGUGAAAGAAAAUGCCGAGGACAGAACAUUGGAUGGGGAAAUCGAGCAUCUACUGGAUGACUACAGUGAUGCAUUCCGUCGACAGAUUGAGGGACAGUCCAUGCAGGAGCUACCCACCAAGUCAGGACCAGUUGGAUACGCCACUUUUGAGGGAGGAAGCCCCAUGGAAAGAGAUGGCAUUCGAGGAAGAGUGGCUACAAAAGUAGCAACGAUGUUCGCUAGACUGCUCGAAGUACUAGAAGAAUGGAGCACAUACAGAGCCUGGGUAAUAGUGUGGCCAUUGGAUGGUAAUCCAGCCGAGGAUGUCCCGCAGAAGAUGAUGGUGGCGGCGAAGAAAUAUCUCGAUGAGGGCGGAAAGAUAGUUACCGCAUGGCCACCGAUAACGUCGAAGAAUUACGAUUUGUGGCGUGAAUUAUCCGGAUUAUGGAAGACUUUUGACGAGACGCUGCUUCAGUGCGACAAGGGGAGGCGAGUCUUCACUACAGCAAGCAAUUUCGGGAUGAAAGGGAAGCUGUUUAUAGAAGCAGGAGCCCCGGAAGGAGGCGCGCAGUUUUUCCAUAGCUAUGUGGGAACCGCCAUGAAUAAAUAUAUCUACGAAUGUGUCAGAAGGAGAGCUGUGGAUGCUCAUUUGCCCGAACUGGAAGUGUACCGACCACGCAUCAGAACAUCGAGGACGAUGUCUCCAGGAGGGGAGGGCGUGUCAGGCCCAUGGCCUCCAAAACGAAGACCGAUGUAG